AUGGCUGAUACACCCACCUUUUCACGAACAGCUGUAUUCCAAAUAGACAGCCAACGCCGAAAACUGACACCGGAACGCGCCAAAGCUAAUUAUGUUCGUAAGAAAUCCCUUCCCCUCGGGGGUUCGUCCUCGGAGUUGCGCACAGCUGCAGACUGCCUUUCUGGACAGCUCCGGCUGCGUCUACAAUAUGCCAGAUUGAAGGUGGAACACGGAUGGCAACGCCAAAAUUUGAAUGAAGUGGAGAAUCUCUAUUUUCGCCAUGCUCACAUGCAUCGACCGCCUCCUAUGAUUUCUGCGGGAGGACGCAGGACUACAGGUGGAAGCUCUGCAACUCUAGCAUCUAGUUCACACUUUCCGGGAAACCUUCCCAGGCCAGGGAGCUCCACACAUCAACGUCGUACAGCUCAGAAUCCUGGCCAUUCCCGCGCCGAGUCGCAUUUCCAAACAACCGCCAUCCCUGUGACAAGUCUACCCGAAAUCAAUCCAGAGAUGCCUCCGAACGAUACAAACUUCGCAUCAUUCUCUUCACGCGAUGGACUUUCACAUUCCUUUGCUCCCCCACAUGAUGGCCAAUCGGAAGAACCACGCGAGCGAAGUGUCAGCCGAAAACGGCCUACAUCUCGUACUCAAGAAUCAGCACCGUCCGUGACCCCAAUUCAUCCCUCAUCCACAUCAGCGCAAGACGGCACAAGUCCGCCGGAUUUGCCCCCAGUGCAAGCGAAUACCUCCGCUUUGGACAUCCUAGAAUUCUUGACAGCCCCACCAGAGUUUGUCCCAGUAGUGCAGAGCGUUCAGUACUUGCAACCGUCUGUUGGGAAUGCCCAAUCGCUACAAACGUCUGACUACCACCCUGUGUUUGCAUCCCACCCUGCCCAUACACCAGAUCCCGCCUCAGAUCCUGCACCAUUUCCACCCCCUGCUGCUCCGCCACCCGCACAUACGCCCAGCGCAGCCUACCCACCAUCCUCCACACCAACCCCAUCGACGUCCACCGCUGGUCUGACAUACGACGCGUUCUGGUCCUCGCACUCGCUCUCGACCCAGUCUUACCGCAAUGUGCUCCUCAACUCGACCCUCUUCCAACAUACAACUCCGCAUCCCACCCCCGAUAGCGCACUAUUUAGUAUGCCCAAUCCCGGCACACCCGGAUCUCAUCCUACUGGGUUAGAGUCGAGCCUGCAAUCCUACGCUGCGCUGAUGGCGAAUUCUGGACAGCGUCUUCCCGAGGGGACUUGA